AUGAGUGUUUGUAACAAAAAUUACUUAUAGGAAACCUUCCCUCAAUAUGUUCAUGAUUAACUAAAUAAGGUAGCUGAAGAGAAUGUAAACACGGAUAAAUCAUAGAGAAUUUUCAAAAUUAUUGACAAUUUGAGUGAACUUAAGAUUUUAUCCUUUGGUUUAGCCUCUAAGUUAAAAACCUAGGAAGGGUUUAUGUACUUUCCAGAAAUAAUUUCUGAAAAGUACAUUAUUGAAUUUAAAGAAAUCAAAUCGUGCAAUUUGAGAAAAAAUGAAUCCUCUUAUUUUUAAGCUUGGGCAUUUGCUAAUUUAGACCUAAUCGAUAUGUAUAAACUACAAACAUUUUUGCGCAUUUUAUGUAUUUUAGCAUAUUUUGAGUGCAAAAAAUAUUUUGAAGUGUUACAAAUAGAUUACAAGUCUAAAUAUGAGACAGAUCUUUUUAAAGUGUUUCUAUUGUUAUAAACCCAAAAACAAGAGUAUAAAAUUGAAGCAGACAUUUUCUUUCUUCAAUUGAUUGAGAAGUGUGAAUGUAAAAACAACCAGUUCAUUUCAUAUAUGUCUAAAUUCUGUAAAGAGAAGAACAUGCUAAAAUGCUUUGGAUACUUGGAAUCUAUAAAAUCAACAAACAAGGUUUCCUCCGAGAAACGCAAGGGGUUUCAAAAAUUUAAAGAGCAAGAUCAAUUAAAGAAGGAGUCGCUCUAAGAGUCACAAUAGGUCUCUUAAUAGAUGUUGAUCUAAACAUAGAAUCCGACUUAAAUCAUAAGGAGACAGUCAUCAAUAUUCCCUAGAAAAUCACUAGAUUAACAAUCUUAAAUGAUUUAAUUUUAGGAGCCAACAAAAGAGAUGAUUAAACCAACUGGAAUGAAUCGACCCUCCUUAACAAUGAGAACCAUAAAGGAUGGGAUAAAUCAUAAAUAUAAGGUAAUUGACGUGAAAAUGCACAAUAGACAAUAAAGAUAUUUGUAGAGUGAAACCAAUUAGCACAGAUAAUUUCAUGAAGAGGUCUGUCGAAAAUUAGAGAAAGUGCAAAUGAGGAGGAUUACAUGUUGGAAUUCCGAUUGUUUGGCUCCUGAAACUCCUGAAAUUUACAGUGAUUGA